ACGCCGAGCACGCUGGCAGCAGCCAUGGCGGACGGCCCGGUGGCGGAGGUGCUGCUCCGGCAGCUAGAGGCGGCGGAUGGCGGCCUGGACAGCGCGGACCUGGCAGCUAAGCUGGGCGUGGACCACCAGGCCGUUGUGGGCGCGGUAAAGAGCCUGCAAGCGCUGGGCGAGAUCAUUGAGGCUGAGCUGCGCUCCACCAAGCGCUGGGAGCUUACUGCUGAGGGCGAGGAGAUGGCCCGGGAGGGCAGCCACGAGGCCCGGGUGUUUCGCAGCAUCCCCCAGGAGGGCCUGGCCCAGAGCGAGCUCAUGCAACUGCCCAGCGGCAAGGUGGGCUUCAGCAAGGCCAUGUCCAACAAGUGGAUCCGUGUGGACAAGAGUGCAGCCGACGGGCCCCGGGUAUUCCGAGUGGUGGACAGCGUGGAGGACGAGGUGCAGCGGCGGCUCCAGCUGGUCCAGGGUGGGCAGGCUGAGAAGCUGGGUGAGAAGGAAAGGAGUGAGCUCAGGAAGAGGAAGCUGCUGACUGAAGUGACCCUGAAGACCUACUGGGUGAGCAAAGGCAGUGCCUUCAGCACCAGCAUCUCCAAGCAGGAGACAGAGCUGAGCCCAGAGAUGAUCUCCAGCGGCUCCUGGCGGGACCGGCCCUUCAAGCCGUACAACUUCUUGGCCCAUGGUGUCCUCCCAGACAGCGGCCACCUGCAUCCUCUGCUCAAGGUCCGCACGCAGUUCCGGCAGAUCUUCCUGGAGAUGGGGUUCACAGAGAUGCCGACUGACAACUUCAUUGAGAGCUCCUUCUGGAACUUUGAUGCACUUUUCCAGCCCCAGCAGCACCCGGCGCGUGACCAACACGACACCUUCUUCCUCCGAGAUCCAGCUGAGGCCCUGCAGCUCCCAAUGGACUACGUCCAUCGGGUCAAGCGGACCCACUCUCAGGGUGGCUACGGCUCACAGGGGUACAAGUACGCGUGGAAGCUGGAGGAGGCCCGGAAGAACCUGCUGCGCACGCACACCACGUCAGCCAGCGCCCGUGCCCUCUACCGCUUGGCCCAGAAGAAGCCUUUCACGCCAGCCAAGUACUUCUCCAUCGAUCGCGUGUUCCGAAACGAGACCCUAGACGCCACACACCUGGCCGAGUUUCACCAGAUUGAGGGCGUGGUGGCUGACCAUGGCCUCACCCUUGGCCACCUCAUGGGCAUCCUGCGGGAAUUCUUCACCAAGCUGGGUAUCACCCAGCUGCGCUUCAAGCCGGCCUACAACCCCUACACGGAGCCCAGCAUGGAGGUGUUCAGCUACCACCAAGGCCUGAAGAAGUGGGUGGAAGUCGGGAAUUCUGGGCUUUUCCGCCCUGAGAUGCUGCUGCCCAUGGGGCUCCCCGAAAACGUGUCAGUCAUUGCUUGGGGCCUCUCCCUGGAGCGCCCGACAAUGAUCAAAUACGGCAUCAACAACAUCCGGGAGCUGGUGGGCCACAAGGUGAACCUGCAGAUGGUGUAUGACGGUCCUCUGUGCCGCCUGGACGCUGAACCGGGGCCCCCACAGACACAGGGCGCCGCGUAAUGUGGACCACCCUGGAUAGCCCGCCUUCCCUGAGCCCCAGCUGUCCAGCCCUCUAACAUCCCUGCCAGUGACCCCCUUGUAUUUAUAAGGCCUCUGUGAGGCCAUCCCCCUCACCCUCACCCCUCGUAUCUCCUCUUCCCUACCUGCCCCCAAGGUCCCAGGGGCAGGGGAGCAAGUAGCAGGUUCGAUCUAUGAAGGUGGGCCUUAGGGAGUCCUGCAGGCCAGCUGCUGGCUAAUAAAGUGGGCAGUUGUCCUCAUCUGGUGCCUUUCCUUAGGGAUGGGGGACUGCUAGAGCCCUGGGUGUGAGGAGUGGUGGGUUAGGGGUCCUGGGUCCUCAGGAGCUCCUGGCUUGCCUGAACCAGCCCCUUGGGGGAGACUAGCUCUAUCAAGCAUUUACUGAUCACCUGGUGGUGCCAGGCUCUCCUCUAGACGAACAGAAGUCCCCACCCCUGGGGAAGGGGCAUAUGGGAGGGGAAGACCAAGGCAGGUGCCACAAUUCCCCCUGGGAGCCAGGCAUGGUGGGGUGACAGCGUGGGGGGAAUGAGGGGGGACAGCUUUAAAAAAAACUUUUUUUAAGUGUUUCUUUAAAGCUGCCCCCUUCCCCCUUUUUUAAAGAGCAAUUUCUGGUUCACAGCAAAAUCGAGUGGAAAGUACAGAAUUUUUUUUUUUUUUUAAGAUUUUAUGUAUUUAUUUGACAGACACAGCGAGAGAGGGAACACAAGCAGGGGGAGUGAGAGAGAUGCAGAAAAAAAAAAAUAGACCCAGUAGCCCUUGGGAGAUUGGUGCCCCCCACACCCAGGGCCUAGAGAAGCCCACAGCCUGAACCUGUGGGGACCCUGAUGCGGGGCUCGAUCCCAGGACCCUGGGAUCAUGACCUGAGCCAAAGGCAGAUGCUUAACCCACUGAGUCACCCAGGCGCCCCUAGAAAUUUCUCAUAUACCUUCUGCCCCCACACGUGCACAGCCUCCCCACCACAAACAUCCCCACCAGAGGGGUGCAUUUCUUAGAAUGAAUGAACUACAUAGACACAUCCUAAUUGCCCACACUUCAUGGUUUACAUUGUGGUUCACGCUCUGUGUUGUACAUUCUCUGGGUUUCGACAAACGGGUGAUGAUGCGUGUCCAUUGUUCUGGUAUCACAGCGUAUUUUCAAUGCCCUAAAAGUCCUUUGUGCUCCACCCACUCAUCCCUCCAUCCUCCCCCUAAAAAGCUGCUCUUUUUUAAAAAAAAGUGGUCUCCUGAGAACUUCAUGGGAGCUCAGAAGAGGAAGAAGAGUAGGGUAGAGCUUCAUGAACCCACAUUGAACAUGAGUGGGAUCUCUCUUAAUGUGAAAAUAUUUUAAAGCAAACCUCUGUCUCCAUGUCUACAGGGUCAGCACACUUUUGGAAACGUAAACAGUUCUUCUAGAACCACGAGGUCACUCUUGUAGCCAGCACAGUCGGCAGUUGAGGCUGUGGGCUUCUCUAGGCCCUGGGUGUGGGGGCACCGAUCUCCCAAGGGCUACUUGGUCAAUUUUUUUUUUCUGUAUUUCAAAUUAAAUAAUUCAGUCAUACAGAAAAAUAACUCGUUCUUCCAACAAAUGUGCACCUCCUGAGUGCCAGCAGUGUGCAAGCUGAAGACUCAGCAAUGGGCAAAGUGACUCAGGUCCCUGCCCUUGGGAGUGAACCUGGGGGGAAGGGGGUACACUGGAGACAUAAACAGAUGAGUACAGAAAUGGAGGGAGGGGUAAAGCCACAGAAGAGGGAAGGUGGUGGGGAAGGUUAAGUGUAUAUAGCAUAAACUAACCCAACAAGCACUUAGGAAUCCAUCCCCAGUUGGAUCAAAUCUGAACACGGACUAUGUUUGUUUUGGAUCUUCUGCAUUUUAGAUCUGUGACUAAUGGGUUGAAGACCCUAUGGGCUUGUCCUAGUUCCUUUUGCCAGCACCUCACUGAGAUUGCUCCCUCCUGAAUGUGGUGUUUUCUCUUUCUCAUGUGUUUUUAAACUUUUGCUACUACAUAUUUUACUUUAACAAGUUUGAUUUUGCUUAUUUUCAGAAGUCACACAGACCCUGCACCAUUAAAAAAAAAAAAAUCGUCCUG